CGAGCGUCUGGUUUGUGGGAAAUGCAAGCGGAAAGGGAUUAGCUGGAGUCAUGAUGUAGUGUCACAACUUGAUUUUGGUCAUAGAGUCCAGUUCCCUUGCAUUCCUGCAUUACAGGUGUCUUGCGACAUGAAGGUUGUACGCCUUAACCGUCAGAGACGUCUGGGAACCAGCGUCAGCCAAAUCCAGGAGAAACUAGAGGAACAUCACACUGAGGUUUGGCUGCAAAAGACUGUACAAUAUCUAACAGAUUGCAAAAGCUUUGCCCAUCCUAUACGUUUCAAACCCCACCUUCCAUGAUUCCUCUUCCCAAACACUUUUGGUUGAGGCAAGUGUUCGCUCUGGACGUACUUCACAGAAUGAAUGAGAUGAACCAGCAUAACCUCGCAGUUUGGCCUUGUGCUAAAGAUGGGUUUCACCAAGAAGUUUCUCAGGAACUUGGGUGAUCAGUGUCGCCAAUGAACACAGGCAGGUUAUCAUGUCUUGAGGCGAUUCUCUGGCAUCAUAAAUAGGUACAAGGAAGCCGCGAUGGCUCCUCCUGAGGUUUUGUAUGUCAACAGAGACUGCUGUGGGUCCGGCUCUUUCAGAAAAACAUUCAAAGAGUGGAAGGACAUGGAGGUCAGGUUGGACAUCUCGGAGUUCAUGUGACGGAUUGCUGCGGGCUGCACAUCAGGGUCCCAUCAGAUAUAUGCAACCUUCAUGGACAGUCUCAGCCACUGUAUUUUCAAAUGGGAUGAGGAGGACCUGAAGCAGCUGAAGGAGGCGAAGCGUACCGAGCUCAGUUCCGAGAUCAUCCAGCCUUCUGAUAACGAACUAAUGCAUCACCUCAGCAGAAAUGAGUUGGCCCUCCACUGUAGACGAACCACAUGUGGCGCGAGGGAGAUCGAAGAACUCAUUGCAGUGCUCAUUCGGCUCUAUGAUGGGGAGGUGGGAUGGGACUCAUCAGGAGUGCCACUCUUCAGUUCCAAUACAAUGGCUGAGGUAUGGGAUUCCCAGAAGAAACAUUUACCGUGUAUAGUGGAUCCUCUUGGUGUACAACUGUAUGAGCAGACUGGGACAUUGGUGAAGGGAGGCCACCUUCUGCCAAACUACAAAUGUGUCAGAGGUUCCACCUCCAUUGAAUCCUUCCACCAGCAUCUGAACCAGCUCAUUCCAGGGGUGCCGAAUUGUUCUACAUUACUACAAAUUGAUUGUUGGAUGGAUUGGUCAGGUGGAAUGAAGCGACUGCUACAGCCUCAGAGGGCCUGCAGACACCUCAGACUUGCAUGGGGGUUCUUCAGCAAGCUGUCAACCAGCUCAGAGAGGAAGUGCUUAAAAAGAACAUUGUGUCUACUAUCAGUACAAGUAAAUACACAGGAUAAGCCGAGGUGUCCAGUUUCAGGUAGAAGAUCUCUUUCCUCUGAUCACAUCCUCACUGGCAAAAGAAAUGACGGCUCCAGAGAAGGUUCCGUCCAUUAAAGAAGAGGAUAGUAUGGAGUACAGUUGUGAUGACAAGCCUCUCAUUUCAAACUCGCCUCCAGACACUGUGACAGAAAACAACGCAACACAAGAAAAACCCUCAACAGAACAACCUGCUCCUGCUCAAACCCAGUCAGGCUCAUCAUUGACUUUUCCCAUUUUGUUUUCCAGCCCUUCUCUGUCAAAACAAAUGAUGGUGGUUUUAACACCUGCACAAAAGAUUGAUGCACCAGCAACAGUGAGUUCCCAUUCGGUUCCUGUUCCUUACACCACACGGUACUACUGGAAGAGAAAACUGGUGAAAGAAAAAGAUGGCAUUUAUACCAGGAAGUACUAUGUGUGAAGAUCAGAGGCUAUCCAGUGCAGAAAGUGCAAUAAAGAGAGAAUAAUGUCAACUCAUCGCCAGUAUUUUGGCAACUGGUAUUGUGAGGAGACUGACACAAAACCCUUUGCUGUGUGGAAGGCUGAACUGUUAAAGCGGGG